AUUACCAAGACGUCCAGGACUGCCCCAGGAUCAUCAGAACGGCUCUUCCGAUUUCUUCGGCAACGGUCCAGCUGAAAAUUAGGUAAAAUGACGGCGAUCAAUACGAGAAUAUUCAAGACAGUGACCGUGUUCCUGGUCCUCUACGAGGGAGUCGUCAGUGGACUUCCUCUGGAGGUCGGAGAACAGUCUUCGAAGCCAACCACAUCGGCGCCCUUGGGAGAUCACUAUGAUCAGAGGCAAAAUGGCACCGAGAAUUACCGGAUUCACGUCGAUGGGCUCGUCCUGGUCGUCGCUCCUGUGGAGGCUCUUCUUCUGGCUGGAGGUAUUCCCGGAGCCAGCACGGAACCAAACUUAGCUGCUCUGGGUCAGGAUGGACUGCUGGAGAACUCGAAGCCCGGAAGUCCUGGUCCCACCAAGCCCAAGCCGGAAGUCGAGGACAAUUCGAAGCGCCACUCGGAUCCCAAAUCUUACAGACCCAGCUUGAGACUGGCGAACCUCAUCGCUCCGAUUUUACGACGCAUUCGCCAAUGAGAUUUCCCGGAAUCCUCUCGAUAUCUUAAAUAUAAUUUCUAAGCUCAUAUGUAGUAACGACAUAAUGACAUAAUUUAAGUUUGAAUGCAAGUUAUAUAGGCCGAGAGAGCGCACAAUGUAGCAAGAACUGUUCUCGUGAAUAUGCAUGUUAUCACGGAUAUCUCCCAGGGGAUAAGUGGUUUUUAUGCAUCGCAUACGAGCAAGAAUUAGCUAAUUAGUACGGAGCAAUUAGCACGGUGAUAUGAGGCGGAAUUGAGCGAUUAUCAGCACACGAUAUAUUCCACACGCUGGUACAAAUAUUCAUUACGAAUAUGCGAAUAGCCAAUAGGAUGUAAUAACAUUUUUAGUCGUACUCCCUAGACUGUGUUUAUACUGUAAUUUAAACAGGGUGCUUCUUUAUAAAUAUCGAUUGAAAAUAAAUGUUAACACGAGCGUACACAGGAA